AUACAGGUAUUUUGGAUCACCGUCGAUGCGAACCCCACCGGAAUAUUCCCCUCUCACUGCCCGUUACCAAGCACACCUCACCCUUUCCCGAAAACUAUAAAUACUUCUCUUUCUUCGCUUUCCCGUCCUUGCCCUAGAAACCCCAUUUCGCCGCAACAUGCUUUUCCCAGCAAAAUCCCCAAUUUUCUCACUCUUUCCCUCACUGUCUCGCACCAAAUCCGCGAUUUCCCGCAUAUUUUCCUGAGAAAAUUCGCCCAAAUGGUCAUCGCUAGCUCGCCUUUAGCUGUUGCCGCCCCGUUAUGGAUCGAAAGGCGGUGUUCGCCGGCUACUGCUGUGAAUUUAUCGGCUGAGUAUAAUAAAUUUAUCGGUUGAGUGUUGUGUAUUUAUUGUGUUUUGGUGAUGGAAGCGGUGGACUUGAGUUUUCCGGUGGAUGUUGCCGCGGUGCCAAAGUUUCUGGGGGUGGAGUCGCUUGUGAGAGCUGGGGUUACAGUCAAGGAGAUUGAGCCUUGUGAUUCGGACCGCCUUUCCGUUCGUGUUAGCGCGUACGCUGAGGCUUGCAGCUCGUCCUUGAGGGAUAAAGAGGUAACGAAUGCGGUUAGUACUUCAGAGUAUGAAUCAACUAAGCUCGGUGAUCUGAUGAGCCAGCGCAAGAAUCAGGGUGAAGAAUCGUCCAGGCACCUACAUGGCAGGGGCAAAAAUUUUUUGUUGGAUACUGGUGCUGAAAGCGUACAGUUAGAAAAACCAGGAAAGGUGUCAAAAUUGGUUAGUUUGUCAUCUAAGAGACCACGAGUUGAUCGAUUGGAAGAUCCAACUAGCUUUGCUGCUGAAGUUGAUGGGAUAAAGGAUAUGUCAUUGAAGCUUGGACCGUUACUUACAAAGUGUGGUUCUUCAGAUAAGACUCAAUUGGUGAAACCAAAGAAUAACUUUACAAGCAAGCGAGGUGAAAAGAGAAAUAUCAAACUUCCUGCAAAGACUAAACAAGAUUCCUUCUCUAUAAAGCCGGGUUUGGCAAGCUUCAGUUCAGCUGCUGGUGGAAACAACUUUUAUGGAGUACAUGGCCUUAAGUCAGAUAAUCAUGAUGUUACAAAGCUGGUAGAUGAUGUGCCACUAAAUGAGCUCCUUGAUGGGACAUACAAGUGUCCAAGUUUAAGCAGGGGAAAAGGGAAGAAACCAGCGAAUGUAAACGAUAGUUUUCUGCAUGCAGUUAAAAAGGCUUGUUCUACCCUUCAGCAGCCGAGGUCUGUCCAGCCCCAACUUACUGCUGAGGUAGAAAGCAAUUCUGACAGGGUAAUGUCACCAUGGCCGUUAAGCACGACUUCUGUUGUAGCUUCUGGUGUCGAUGGUGAUAAAGGAGAACCAUUCAUCACAGAUUUGUCUUCAUGUAAUGAGGAUUCUCAUAGAAAGCCCGUAGCUCCUGUUAAUCCCCUUGAUUUGCCAUUGUGUGAACCUAAGUAUGUUAUGGAACGCUUGGCCCUUCCUCCACACAAGGAUUUGGAAUCUUUGCUUUUGGAUGCUGCAAAACCUGCUUCAUCUUCCAAAAAUACUCCCGAUCCAUGUUCAGGCAAGCAAAUAUCUCGCCGAGCAAGCUUGCCUUCUUUUCCAUGGUCACAUACUUCUUAUGGACACUGUAGAUCCAGUUCUGAUGCAGCCAAACAGUCCAUAAGCAGGGGCACAUGCCAAGGUCGAUGGCUAAGAAUAGACAAAAAUAUUCUUAGUUCAUUGGGGAAUGCCACUGAUAAUUUGACAGACUUGGAGUCACUAACCUAUGAUCAGAGUCUAGUUCCUUCCGCAAGACUAAAAGUUUCUAGUUCCCAAAAUAAAGUUUCCCCAUCCAUAUCUGUUAGUCUUUCUCGAUGUCAGCGAGAUUCAUUAUCUAAUAUGACACCUUCGAAUGAUUCCUACAUUCCACAAGAAUCUGAAGGCAAGCUGAAUCAUUCAGGAGAUUGUAAUGAUGAGAAUUGUCCAAAAGUAUUAAGUGCUGCUCAAACACUCUGUGACAUGGCAACUCGUACCUCUAGGAAAAAUCCAGAUGGAAUCAUAAGAUGGCCAAAGAAGCCUUCACAAAAAGCCAUGAAAGCUCGGAAAGUGAAAUCAAUUGAGAAAUCUGAAGAAGCAUAUGGGACAUCAGUUGCGGUAUCUGGGUCCGACAAUCCCAGGAGAAGCGUGGAUCAGAUGCUGCCCCCAAAGAAGCCCAAGCUCUCUUUGAUUGAUGAUAAUAGGGAUUUCACUAAUUUUAGUUCUGUAAGGAAAGGAACAAUAACUUGGUCUACGCCUAGAUCAAGUAGGUCAUCGCCUAGCAGGUCUGUUAAGGAGUCAGUUGUGGAUAUUAAACAUUCAACUGCAGAUGUCGUGAAGCAUUCUUAUCUGAUGCCACCACCAGCUCGGGUUCUGGAAAAGACUUCAAACAAACGAGAGAAGCAAGGGAAGUUGUUGACAACGGAAUGGAACAAAGGAAGGGAUCGGCUAGAUUGAUGAAUACCAUCUCAAUCGUGUUAAAGAUUUAUUCCUACUGACAAGGUUCGUCAUUUUAUCUGACAUCUCUGGGGUCUAUUGGAAAUAAUUGAUUUGUACAUAGGGUUUAGUUUUAGGAGGAAGGAUGAAUAGGAAUUUUAUGUUAUAACAAAGGGAUAAACUACAGCAGCGAUGGAAUUUAUCACAUUGGUAGAUAAUUCGAUGUCUCUCACCUUCUGCUCCGACUCUCUUGUACAUGUGCAUAUCAGCAUGUCAAAACUCCGUCCACAAGGUUUUAAUUCGUUGAUAGAUGUUGUGAGAAUUAAAAGUCCUUUUGGUCAGAGGACCCCGUGAAACUAGAAUCUUUCAUGGUAGCAUUUUUAGUUCCU